UGGCACAUAUUUUCAAGGCAUGCAAGUUGAUGAAAGUGUCUGGAGCAGCGGAGGAAGCCCCGGUGCGCCUCGUAUGUUUUUCUUGUGCUCACCUCGUUGGUUUUUACGGCGGAUGCACGCUGGUAUCACAACAUCAGAGCUCGCCGAGGGCGCGCGGAAAGUUCACCACAAAGUCUGUGUAUGUGUGUGUGUCUGUGUAUGUGUGUGUGUGGUUUGACGCUCAUGUGUGCUCAGUCUGUCUGUCUAAUAGAGUGACCCCCCAGCGCGCUGUUUAAAGGGAAGACAAGAGAGCUGAGUCAACGAAUCACAAGGAGAAGGAUGCAACAGUUGAUGUGCGCGAGUUGCAGUUUCCGUGCAUUUGGAGGCACGCGGAGGAUGGUGGCUUUGAUCUGUGUGGAGCAAAGAGUGGAUGUUUUGCUGCUUUAUUAAAACCCCUCAGCUGUCAGAUUAAACACAAAGACCCACGCGUUUAGUUUAGAGGCUGUCCACUCGCGCGUCUUCCCUGCACCAAAAUGGACAUUUGGACAGACCCGCAUUUGGAGGGACUUCAUGCUCUGCUGGAAUGAAGUUGGAGCGGGGACUUGGGAUGGUCUGCGGCGGCGAGUAGCAGCGCAGUCUUGCACCAACAUGCAUCGGAUUCUGCAGAGGAGGCGAGUGCGCAAGCUGCGGGUCGUCUGGGCUUCUCUGGCCCUGGUGGCUCUGUCUCUGGCCGCAUGCAGCGCGCUGUUCACGGCGUGGACUUGGCGACAGACGCGGGACCUGUCCCAGUCCUUUAAGAUCCUGCAGGACCGAAUGGAGCAGGUCAAUACACAGAGGAAGGCCAUUGUUCAGCUCAUUCUGGAGAAGAGAGAGCUGCUGGUGGGGCAGAGAGUGAAGAGAGACGGGGGAGCGCUGCGAGGGAGGAAUGGAAGUGGAAAGAAAGCAGCGUCUCAUUUUGAGAUAACCAAAGUCUCCUCUCAGCAAGUUGGAGAGGGAGGUGUGAUAAAGGGUUGGGAAGAGAGGACAUUGAAUAUGAGUAAAGCAGUGAGGUACAACAAGGAACAAGGCACCUUCACUGUGGAGAGAGCGGGCGUCUACUUCCUGUUCUGUCAGGUGUUGUUCAAUGAGCAGCAGUCUCAGUAUGUGAAGCUGGAUGUGGUGACCAGCGGCCAGAGGCCUCAGAAGCUGCAGUGCAUGGAGGGUUACGGGACGACCCCCUCCGCCGGGCCGCACCCUUUCCACUUCCUGAAGCCCUGCCAGGUGUCCGGCCUCCUGCGACUGGACAAAGGCACGGAGCUGCAGGCCAUCACAGGCUCGUCCUUCAGACUCCACACUCUGGGCAACCCGUCAGCCUCGCCUCACAUCUUCAGCAUCUUUAAAGUCAACUGAAGCAUGGAUCCUUUUAACGCAAACUCAUCUGAGAACAUCAAAACUUCUUGUGUGUCUGGAUGAGAUCUUUUUUCUAUAUGGUUAAACAGUCAUAAGCAGUCGGGGCAUCACAUCUGGCCAUAGCUGCUUCCCAAAGACGUUAAUUUGAAAGACAAACCUGACAUUUGUGGAAGUUGUUGUGGAAUUUUUUCUCUGGACAGCAGUGCUGUUUUGGAACGCAAAACACAGACUUUUGGAUUUAAACCAAGACCCGAAGUGGACGAAAUGCCUCGAUGAACGUCUGCCGAGAGAACAGAUGUGAUGGAAGCUGUUUUGUAGAUAAAGGGCUUCAUAUAAAAAGAAAAAUACUUGGAUGUUCAUUUUAGCCUUCGUAUCCUGUAAUAAAUUGUGCUUACACUCUCUUUAUAAGACUGACAGUAAAGCUGUGCAUGCACCUUCCACUUUUAUAUCGCCAGUGCCUCGAGGAGCUGAGAGCACGUCCGCAAGCGUCCAAUCUAGACACUAUAAAUGGCCGUCAUGAGCUGUCAGUGAUAUUUUAUACGUCUGUGUGUGAAUCUGAUGAAUCAAACAGUUCUUGUUUAUACUGAUUUUAUGAUCUUUACAAUGCAAUGUGUGUCUGAGUGUGAAAUUAAGUCUUUUUUUAAAACUUUGUAUAUACGUCACACAUAUUUUACUCUGCGCAUAUCAAGUCAGAAGCUGGCAAAAAAGGGGACAUUUUAAAUAACAUGGAUGUGAAUUUGUGCUCUUUCUUCUAAGGUCAGAUUUGACUGUAAGGUAUUUGUAUGUAUAGUACUGGCUUGACUUUUGGAAAGUACUUGCAAGUUUCAGUAAGCAAAGCAAACAGGUAUAAAUACAAUGGUGUCUCUCUUUUCUGCCUUUUUUAUUGGUUUAAUGGAUCGUCAGAUAAUUGUUAAUUUAGUAUUAAGAGCUGGUCUUUAAAAAGUACUGGAAAUUCCCUCAUUCGUCCAAAGCUGUAGUGAAAGUAAGGGUGCUUUUACACCUGCCCUGUUUGGUUCAGUCCAUUCGAAUUGAGGUUCGUUUGUCGCCUAAGUGUGGUCCGUUUGGACAGGUGUGAACACAGCAAUUGCACUUGGGUGUGCACCAAAACAACCGGACCGAGACCUUCUUGAAGAGGUGGUCUCGGUCCGCUUACAAAUGAACUCUGGUGUGGUUCUUUUGUGGUGAGAACGUGUUCCGACCUCGAGCCGAGGUACUGCCUUAAUAUGCGCAUCCAAUGCAUCACAACAUUGUUUUCUAGUUGGAGCCGCGCCUCGUUUUCAGACUGCAUGGUUUGACUAAAAUGAACAAUGACAGCAAUAUAGUCCACGAUGACCAGCGCUAAAAUCAACCUGCGUAGUUGUCCCUCCAUUGUGACAUUAGAAAGUGUCGCAUUUAUCUUGCAAGUGUACUCUUCUUCAACAUUUUGCUUUACUUCCAUGGAAAUUCUGACCAAUCAAGAGCAGCUUUCUUGCGCAAGGUAUUUUAUCUGGUCCGCUCGUAAAUGCUGCCGUGAGAACACGAACCAACUCUAGGUAAUUAUACAACUUUGUAACAAAUUAAGUCCCUGAUUUGGGCCAAAGCAAGACAACUCUAGGUCUGAAAGCACCCUUAAAGUUGAUUUUAAAUAUUACAAAGAUUUUGUAUUUUUUUUUUCCAAAAAAAAGAACAUUAUCCAGAACUUUCUGUCAAGAGAAGUCUUAAUAUUAGUGUUAGUAGUAUGGCUUGGUAAUAUAUCGAUACUGUGAUAUGAGACUUGUGGCAGUCGGUGUUACAGUGUUUGAGGCAUACACCGAUUACACUACUCGCCCACUGCCGCCACCAUUUCAUUUUUUUUUUACUAAACGACAGAUACUACUUAACUGAAAGUGUUUUCUCAGUACAGCAGAGUUGCAGCUCACUUAUCAUUACGAGAGUAAGAAGAGUUGACGGACAAGAUGAUGGUGGAGGAUUUGGUGUCAAAGCAACAAGCAGAAACGCCUCUUUGGCAAUAUUUGAGAUGUAAACCCUAUCUUAAUUGGGAAUCUGAUGACGUUACUGAUGGAAACUGAGUUGAUUACAUCCAUUGAUGUAUAUAGAGAACUGGAUAUAGCAUCAGGGGCGGGCCUUGGCUCAUGACCAGUUUGACUUCCUGGAUCUUCUGCAACCUUUGGCAAUCGAGUAAGUGAACUAGAAACUUCGGCUGGCCGAGCUGCUAACUUCCAGUUUAGCCUUCUGCUAGCUUGAUGUGGCUCUUCUAGACUUUUGAAAAGUUAUUGGAUCAAAUUCCAAUAGUGAAACAACAUUCGCAGGGGUAAAAUGUGAUGACUUACAGACGUGUCGUUCACAAUGUAAGUCUACAUAAAAAAAAGUCUUUUGGGCUCAGUGGCAUCACGUGACAGACUUGCAAUUACACGGUUUGGCCGCUAUGUCCAAUUAUCUUGAAUGCCCGGCGCACUUAGCAGAAGAUAUACUUCAUGAAUCCAAGAUUAAUCCCAAUUUUUUUCACUCUCUUGUCAUAUACAUACGUGCCUGAAAUACACACACAUGCACGAACAGGACCUAUACAUGCAUCAGACGAAGAGAUGUCAGCGUUAGGGGGCUGCCAAUAGACAAGCACCCCGGGCAGUUGGGAGUUUGGUGCCUGUAGUGCCCAGGAGGCAGGCUGGCACCUCUCCAGCUACCAGUCCACACUCCAUAUUUGGUCCGGACGGGUACUUGAACCAGUGACUCUGGUUCCCAACCCAAGUCCCUAUGGACUGACCUACUGCCGCCCUUUCCUGUAGGGCCUGGUGGCAUCCCAGAUGUCGUCUUAGGUUUUGGAUCUCAUAAUAUUGUCAAUGUUGUCUUUUCCUGGUUUUUAAGGGUGCAUUAUAGUAAAGUGAUGUCAUUUCCUGAACUUACCAGACUAUUCUAGCUUUUCUAUUGUUUCCCUUUACCCACUAAGUCAUUACAUCCACAAUUCUGAUCCCUUAUUUUACCAGUAUAAAGAAGAGUGUUAAUAUAAGCCAGUAACAAAACAAGAGCAGCAGUCUGAUGUACAAUACUGACACUAAUUUACACAAAUAAUUUACAGUCUAUGCUCACAAUGACAACAAUAACAUACUGAUGGUUAGCAGGUGUUAUGUUUACCACGUUCACCACCUCAUUUUAGCAUGCUAAAGUGUUGCUAGUUAGCAUUAAACACAAAGUACAGCUGAAGCAGAUGGGAGUGUGUUUGGUUUUGAAGGUGUUUGGCCAUGAACCAAAAGACUGGAGAGAUAAAAGUAUAUUUAGUAUGUCUUUGCCCUUGAAUGACUCGAAUUAGUUUCUAAUUUAGAAGUGAAACAUCUCUCCUAUGAACAGCUCUGAAAAACAUGGAAAAGAUCCAACCUGCACCCAUGAAUCUGGAAAAUGACUCCAUUUAUCUAAAUUAUACAUCGUGAUAGUCUCACAGACAGUAACUCAGAAGUUCUGGUUUUAUAAUUUGAGAAGUUUAAGAGUUUAAAAUCCAAGUUAAACCCAAGAUUCAUCGUAUAAAGUGACUGGCUUUUUGUUCUGAAAGGUUUCUCAGUCACGUUGCAACUUUCUGUCACUUUAUUUUUAUCUCUUUUUCGAAAUGACACUCCAUCUUCCAUUCUCUCAUAUGCUGCUGCUGCUUUCUGUAAUAUUCCCUGCUACAAUACAAACAGUGUGUAUUUCUAGCAGUGGGUUCAGCACUCCCACUCUUGUUUAUAAGUAGUUUUUGUGGACGGACCGCAGUGGUUUCUCCUCAGCACUUUACUGCAGCGAACGUAGUGUUUUUAAUUGGAGCCAAACAUUCAUGUUUUCAGAUGGGAAAAUGUCAGAUUUUGAGGUGUAGACAUUAUAUCCUGUUUGAUUUCCUCAUCGUUUUCCUCUUCCCUUUUGUGUCUCACUCAUCCCCCCCACCCCCAGACACCCCCACACACCCCCUCACACCCCCGUGCACCUCAUAUUUCCCUGUCAGCACCGAUCAGACCGCACACACACACACACACACACACACAC